AUGCUCCGUCACCACCCACAACGACCACUCCAGGAAGGAGCAAAGAUCCAUCUCUUCACGGACGGCCCCAAAAACCCGAAGAAACCGAGCGACGAUGCCUGGUCCGUUGUGAUCGUAGGUGACGACAACCACGGUUUCAGCUUCCAGGGGGCCAUCAUAGGGAAGCGCAAGAGCGGCACUGACAUCGCCCUCAAGGAUAACGUCGAGCACGAGACCACCUCCACGACCGUCGAGAUCACAGCCCUGAUCUGGGCCUUCGCCUGGGUGAUACACUACAACCCCCUUCACAUCACCACGAUAUCCACGGACUCGCUCGGCGCUCUGCAGCUCGCGAAGAGGCUAGCCUUCACCGACCGCGACCCCAAGCUCGUCAGGACACUCUGCAUUCUCUACGACAUGGUCAGCAACAAGAUCGACCUGCAGCACGUCCACGCCCACGACUACAACCCGUGGAACGAGGUUGCCGACGCCGCCGCCAACCACGGACGCCUGCGAGAAGUUAUGCCUCCUCAGCCAGAGUGGGCAAGCGUCAUGGAUGGCGCAUCCCAGCGGGACUUGGAGUUCCUGAUCGACGCGGAUCCCAACACUAGGGAGGCAUACCCCGCAUUCGGCCACGGCAGCCUCACUGCUAACAGGGUCGAGACAACAGCCGAGGCCCGACACUUUCACAACCCCACCGAGUCCAGCGACAAGAAGAUUCUCGUAGAAAUAAACACAGCCACCUUCAACAUCCAGUCGGGGAGAGAGCCAAAGGAAGGAUCGAAGCGCCGAAAAGAGAAGGUCACUAAGCUUAAGUCCAAGAUGGCCUGCCUGUGCGACGAGGACCUCCAUACCAUUGGUAUCCAGGAGGCAAGGACGCCCUGGGGCGUCCGCGACGCAGGACAAGACGACGACGCCAGAUGCGCCAACGCCAACUGCUACCACAUCAUCUCCAGCGGCCACAAAGGGUUCAACUACGGCUGCGAGCUUCACGUUCUACUCAGCAAACCCUACGGCAAGAGCGGUAAAAAAGGAGACAUCACCAGCACGGCCAUCGGCGACAAGGGCUUCAGGCAAAACGAAUACCCAAACGGACACCGUCUACAUGGGCUUCUCCUGGCCAACCACCUGGCGGCCGCCAACACCUUCGUCAGCCAUGGGCCAGAGCAUCGCGCCUGGCACUCGGGCAAGGACCCUCAUCGCACCGACUACGUCAUCAUCCCCAAGGGCUACAUCGACUCCAUCGAGGAGUGCGCCGUGCUCUACGGCAUAGACAGCGGCCAAGGCCCAGAGACCAAGGACGACCACUACCCAGUCAAGCUGCACCUUGCCUACCAGAUCAUCUCGCCCGUCACCAAAGGAGCCCCGAAGUUAGACGAGAGCAAGCUAGCCGACGAAGGGUGCCGCAAAAGGUUCCGCCAACAACUCGACGAGGUCAAACGCCCGCCCUGGGACACCAACCUCAACGAUCACCUCACCAUAAUCACCGAGAAGGUCACGGGGGCUGCGCACGAGUGCUUCCGCUCCAACGGCCGCGCUCCACACAGGCCCUACAUCACCAGGCGGUCCUUUGCUCUCCUGCGAGUUCGCCGCUGGCUACUCAAGACGACACGGAUCGCCCAGAAAAACGGGGUUGCCAGCCACUUCGGCGACAAGAGGCUACGAUACACGGCCAAGAUCAUCGCGAGGGAAGCCCUCCUGCCCGACCCCGCCGACUUGAGUGCCCUGGCCGAUCUCAGCGACUACGCGAAACUUGUGGUGGCCUCUAUCAUUGUCAGCACUCCCAGCCUAGCGACCCAUGUCGUGGAACCCGACGAUGCCAACACCGUGCACAGCGCCCAGCACUACUUCGACGCCCAUCUCCAAUUCCUCAGGACGUCUAAGUCUACCCUACAGAAGUGGAUCACGACAGACCGCGACGACUUCCUCGAGAGGACUGCCGACGAGAUGGGCGCAGCGAUCGACGACCACGCCCCCCGUUUAGAGGCCCUGUACGCCAAGCGACUACUGGCCUUCGGAGGACGAAUGUCAAAGAAGCCGCCGACGCCCAUCAUCCGCACCAACGACGACGGGGAGCCCCUCGCGAAGAAGAGCGAGAUCGCCGACCACGCCCUAGCCUUCUACGGCAAAGCUGAGAAGGCUAUUGCCACGGAUGCAGACGGGGUAGCAGCCGACUACAACAAGAGGGAAUUCUGUAUGCAAUUGCCGACCACCGCCGGCGAGCUCAACGAGCUCAUCGAACGGAUCGACAUUCCCGACUUCAUCAGACCAGCGCUAAAGGAACGACUUCAGCAGCCCGCCUACAACAACCAGCACAUCGACGAUGAGCACCUCUGCCACAUGAUCGCAGAUCACCACACCUCCAACUGGAUGACAGCCAAGAGCGCAAAGCACUACCAGCUGCCUCGGACCAGCACCCGACCUGGAGUGCCAUACUCGGACGUCGCCUUCAACAUACACUUCGCCAUCAUGCUGAGGGCAAUCGACCAGACAGUCCGAAAUGAAGAGGCCCACGGACAGCAGAUAGGAAGCGCGCUCAUAAACAUGUCCUUCGUCGACGACCUCACUGACUACAACCCGACCGCCAACGCCAACGAACUGAUCAACGCGACCGCUCUGGCAGCUGCCAGGCUCUGCACGGCAGCAUUCCAACAUGGCCUGAAGCCGCACUCAGAAAAGACCAAGGCCAUCCUCAUGCACUACGGCGCGGGGGCCAAGAAGGAGAAACAACGGAUUGCCAAGGAGGGCAUCACAUACCUAGAAUUGGACGGACUUGCUAUCCAAAUGCAGCUGGUAACGCAACAGAAAGCCCUCGGUGCCAUCAUCUCGGCGGGCGGGGUCAUGGGGCCAGAGAUCUGCCCAAGGGUCAACCAUGCGCCUGGCGCAGCCCGGCCCCUUGAGAAGCAGAUCUUCCGCCGCAAGAAGCUCUCGAAGAAAGCCAUGGUCAAGUGCGCCCACUCUUUUUCGACAUCCUCGCUUACGUGCAACCGCCAUGUCUGGGGCGACCUGGCCCUGAAGGACCUGAAGCACAUAUCCGCCAAGUACAUGGGCCCAUGCCGCGUCGCAGCCUCACUGCCCAAGACCAACUCACCCGACCAGCGCAUCUCCGAGGGCGAGGCAAUCGCCAAGACAGGAGUACCCGACUUCAUCACCCACCAGUCGAUCGCGCGGCUACGACACUUGCCCAGACUUCUGAAUAAGGCUCCAGCAGUCCUACUUCAGCUACUCGACGGCCAGCCCCGACGAAAGGGCACAUGGAGCCACCAGCUCAAGAAAGACUGCGACUUCCUACGACCGCACUUGAGGUGGCCCAGCCAAACCCAGCACGACCGCGACAUCAUCAACUGGGCUCGACAGAAGCCGAAGCUAUUCACCAACGCGGUCAAGGCAGCUUCGAAGGCACACAUUCUCCACAUUCGCGACCAAGCUCAAGGCGCCAAGCUCCAGAAGGACAUCCAGAUGACCUCGGCAGCUCACACGACCGAAGGGCUGGACCUCUGCGACGACACCAACAACCAGAAGUACGUCUGCUACGCCUGCGGCCGAGUCGCCUCCAGGCAAGGCAUCUUCUGGGCGACAGGUACCGCGUGCCGAUGCUGCCAGACCGAGCACCACUCUCUUCCGAGGCUCAUCAAGCACUUAUCGGUGGCUCACCGUUGCCGCAAGUCCUGGCAUGCCUGGCGCACCCAGACGAUGGAGCCUCUGACGGAGCAGCAAAUAGCAGAGAACCUCGCCGCCAUCGCCGAGGCCACAAACGCCAGCAAUAAACAAGGACGACACCCAACCUUCAGCGACAAGCCAGCCUACCCGUGCGACGUCACGCCGCUGCCCCUCCUCGAGACGUCGCCCGUCCUACCCGAGGUAUUCGCCAGACUUGAGUCAUCGCCAAGCAGUCCACCCGCGAGCUCGCCUGCAGAACCAGCCGAGCGCCAAGAUAUAGUCUUCAUCACCGACCGCCCUCGACAGGCUGCCGGCCUCCAGCAGAUCAUGGCCAACAACGGGAUCACGAGCAUCAGCGGCCUGGACUACACACAGAUCGCAAUCCCCUGCGAUGGCCAGACCUCAGAAUUACCGACACAACUUCGGCGAGAACAACGCAGGAUCCUACAUGGCGAGGUAGCGGCCAUCUACGUACAGCUCCCACGACGAACCUGGUACCUACGCGAUGCAACCGACGUUCUAGGCAGCAGAGCAAGCAAGCGGCGCACCCCAGAGGCACCCUGGGGAACGCCUCAAGUCUCCGAGACCAUCGCCGACGAGAUAUUCGCUGCCAACCACGUCACACGAGAGGCCUUGCGUAUGAUCUUCAUGGCGACCACGACCAACGUAUCAUUCGUCGCAGUCAUCUCGGCGGAGCCGAUCAUCAGACAGACUCCCGAAUGUCGGUACAUCGCCAACCUGACGACUGUCUACGAGACCCCGACGAAUAACUACGACCUGGGCGCCAUACAGAUCCUCGACAACGGCGCCCGCGACGACCUCCGCAACAUAAUGCAUGCGGCAAACGAAGAGGAGAUCGACUUCGCCAUCGCCGACCUGCUCGACGGCAACAUUGUGGCUAGACGGGGCCUCAGAACCGCAACCGUUGCGCCCGCCAGCCAGAACCUGAACACCAACGACGCCUAG